AUGCUCCAAGCACAUGCUUAUGCGCAAAAGUAUAUUUUCUUCAACGAAUUAAGAAAGCGUAUUUUAUUGUUACUUCAUCACCGUAACUUGAAUGUCAAGGUCGACCAGUGAUGAUGUAUUAUCGCUAAGAUGUUUUAUGUAUUGGUCGUGAUCGGCACUCUUUUGCUAUCUGCUUUUUCUGUGGGAUGCAUUUCAGAUAUAUCUCAAAAUAAACUUAUUCAACAGGAAUUGUUUCCUGAUCAUUUGUUUUCAAAAUUUAAAAAUCGUUCAGUGGAAGGCAGUUUAAGAGAGAUAUUUGAAAAAAUUAAUGUUGUACGCAGUAUAGGCAGUCCUGGUCAUGUAGUCGUUAGAGAAUUUAUCAAAAAAUUUCUAGAGGAACGUGGUUGGCAUGUUGAGUUGGAUACUUUCAAAGAAAAUACAAUAAUUGGACCUAAGGUCUUUCAUAACAUUGUCGGUUAUAAGAAUAAAUCAACAUACUCUAAAUUCUUAAUUUUGGCUUGUCAUUAUGAAUCAAAAAUGAUACGGAAUUUUGUCGGUUCAACUGAUUCAGCUAUGCCAUGUUCGAUGAUCUUGAAAAUUGUUGACUUAUUGAAUAAUGGGAUCGAUUUGAUCAAGAAUUCUAGCAUUGGUCUGAAGGUUGUAUUUUUCGAUGGUGAAGAAGCCUUUGAAGAAUGGACAGAUACUGACAGUUUGUAUGGAUCAAGACAUUUAGCCGCAAAAUGGAGUGAAAAGUCUAGUUCAUCAGGAGAGACAGAAUUAAGUAAAAUUGAUCUGUUUGUUCUCCUGGAUUUACUUGGUGCAGCAAAUCCACAAAUACCGGAUUUUCGUUAUGAAAAGCGUGGGAGUUAUGUCCUGCUUAGCACUUUAGAAAAGAAAAUGAGAUCAUUAAAUCUACUGAAAUCUUUUGGACCAUAUAAAGGACCGUUUUUUGGAAGUCGUCUAGAUCAGAUAAUUUCAGAUGAUCAUUUACCAUUUCUUAAACGAGGUGUCCCUAUCCUUCAUCUGAUUCCAGUUCCAUUUCCUAAAGUAUGGCAUACAACUGGAGACAAUGCGUCGGCUAUCCAUUGGGAUACAUCUGUUGAUUUAUUAUUUCUUAUCGAAGCAUUUGUUAGAAGUUAUCUACAUAUUCUACUGUGAUAUGUUAGUGAGGACAUCUGCAAACGCCUACACAUACACUCACCCACCUACAAACACACACACACAAACACAAAUGGACAAACUCAUCAUGUGGAUAAAUUCAACAAGUCAAUCAAACUUCUAUUUAUCACUUUGUUUUCGGUGAUUUACAAAGUGCGAUAACUCGUUGUUCUUUUUUGUGAUACAAUGAUGAUAUAUUUUUCUUUCUUUUUUGGAAUUAUGAUAAUAAGUAAUAUUAAUUACUUGUAAAUAUAUAUAUGCAUAUAUAUAUAUAAUUAGGUGUUCAAUGUUUCGCAUAUUGUGUUUUAUUUUUGUUAUUUUACUCUCUGUGUACUCGAAUGAUGAAUAGACUUUGAUCGGCAAAAUUUCUAAGAAAAGCUCAAAGUUUAUUCAUGCAUGUAUUUGUGUAAGGAAGAUGGAAGUGGAAUUGCAGUGUAUUUCAUCGAGGGUGGAGGACAUGAAAAGACUGGAGGUCUAGCUGUCUUUGAUCAUAGAUGUCUGCGUUCUGUCUCUCGUGUGAAGUGGUAUAACAGGGUGAGCAAUAUUGAGGUAAGGCGUCGGUCGAGUGCUAGGUAGGU